AUGUCUUCCUCCAGUCCUUUAAGAUCAUUCCUUCUCUUCGUCUCCGUUCUCGCGACCCAACUACGCCCUACACAUGCGAUUGGAGUGAGGUUCACAACUCCGGCACCAGGCGCGGCAUACCCUUCAGGACAGUUCGCUAUCAACUGGGAGGAUGCAGGUGGGAAUAUCGGCAUCAACAGCCUCACAACCUACAGCCUCGCCCUCAUAGUCGGCGGCAACCUCGACGAUGACUCCCGAUCACUCAUAACGCUAAGUCCGGCCAAUGCGAAGGUCAGCGAUCUCGGCCUGGUCGCUCAAAUACCCAUCGACGUGGGCCAAAGCAUUCAGAAUGGAUAUUACCUCUCCAUGCAAUCAAACGUGUCAACCGGAGGUUCGGUGAUCAACUACUCAAAUCGGUUCACAUUAAUCGGACUGAACGGCACCACCGACCAGAAAUACGUCGCCGCCGCCGCCUCCACCGUCGGCGACACGAACGUCCCCGGCGCGCAACUCAACACCAUCAUAAACGCCCCCUCGCCAUCCAACCCUCCCACCUCCCCCAACUCCACCACCCCCGACAACGGCCCGCCCGCCAACAACGGCACCGCCCCCAGCACCAACGAAGACAACACCUACGCCAUCGCCGGCGGCGCCCUGGCCGCCCUGCUCGCCGGCACCCUGACCUCAAUAAUCCUGCUCAUCGUCCUGACCGUCCUCGGGGUAUUCUGGUGGCGGCGGCGGCGGCGACAACAGCGAGCGCGCGACGCCGGCUCGGACGAGAACGCCGCGACCUCGAUGUCCGCGCGGGAGCUCACGCCGGGCGGGCUCAUGGACAAAGUCGAGCUGGCGGACCGCACCUCACGGGUCCCUACGGCGGCGGCGGCGAUCAGACCGCUCGCGGAGCUGGACAGCCACGGUUCGGAGCGCUUCGAGGCCAUGACGCCCGUGGCGGCGGUCGAGGCCGAUUCGGCGGAGAUCCGGUACGAGCUCGAAGGGGACUGGAGCGGGUGGGAGGCGGCGGCGCGGAGGAGCCACGUGCAGGGCUAUGAUCCGACGCGAUGA